UGUCAAAAACAGCUGUUGUUGGUUUGCUGUUUGUUUGCAAAGUUGCUAUAAUUUUUAAGCUUUUUUAUCUCUAUAAACCUAAAAAUUAACGUGUAUGAAAAGUUCAGGCCACCACAAAAUCAUGGAUGCAGAUAAUUUGACCAAACAGAUCGAAGAAAUUGAGGCUUUAAGCUCAAUUUACGGGCCAGACUGGAAGACAGAGAGUGAAAGUUCCAGAUCUUACAGCAUUACUAUAGUGGAGAAUAAAAUUGAAGCUAUUUUGUAUGUAACUUUACCACCGGAGUAUCCAGAGCAAGCUCCGCCUAAAUAUGAAUUAUCAGCUCCUAUGAUGGACCGAAAGAAGAAGGAGGAACUGCACCAAGCUUUAGAUGUAGUUUAUUUAGAAAAUGUAGGAGAGACAGUUAUAUACCAAUGGGUAGAGAAGAUCCGAGAGACUCUGCUCUCAAUUAAACAUCCGGAAGCUCAAAAGAAGAAAGUUAAUGUUGUGGAUUUAGCUGAUGAUUUGUCUGAGUUGCAGAUCAAAUGUCCAGAAAUAGUAACAGGAGAGGUGAUCGUCGACAGAAAGAGCUCGUUCCAGGGUCAUGCUGCAGUUGUCACAUCAGUUGAUGAAGUCAACGCAGUGCUCUACACGCUGAAACAGAACAAGAAGAUCCUGAACGCCACACACAACAUGUAUGCGUACAGAAUAGAGCGUCAGACGGAGCGAGGAGUGUCCAUGUUGCAGGACUGUGAUGAUGAUGGAGAGACGCACGCAGGCGGGCGCAUGCUGCAUCUACUGCAGAUACUGGACCAGAGGAACGCUGUAGUUGUUGUGUCUAGAUGGUUUGGCGGCAUACAGCUGGGCCCCGACAGAUUCCGGCACAUCAACAACGCGGCGAGACAGGUGCUCACUCAAGCCGGCAUGAUCAAGAAAUAACAUUCACUUGUAUACUCACCUAAAGUCUGUUUUUUAAUCUCAGAUACUAAAUUGAAAGAUUCUGAACGGUUCAUCAACAGUCGAUUGUCCCGCGAUUAAGUGACGUAUCGUUCUAUUAGCGGGACAAUCGACUGUUGAGGAACCGUCCAGAAUCUAUCAAUUUAGCAUCUGAGAUUAAAAAAAACAGACUUUAGAUCUUAGUUUAAUACUCUAUUUACAGGCUGGCCGAGGCUAAGUCAACCUGGGCCAAGAAACUUCCUAUACAGGAAGUUGCAAAAAGGAUACCUAUACUAAGCCUGUACAUGUAGGUUUCGGCUUAGUAUACCCUGUUUGCAACACCCUGUAUAAAUCCAACAAAGCAAAACAUUACGAAUUCCAUAUAUUUCAUGAAGAUAAUAUUGAACUUGGGUUGGCCCAGCUACUGCCAUCAUGUAUGAGGUAUAAUAACUGCAUAGAAUUACAGAUGAUAAAUGGGAAUCAUUUGAAGCAAUACUUACAUUAGAAUUAGAAAUAUUGAUCGGUCAUGCAAUUUAAUAAAAUCAUGAAUCCGAAAAU